AUGGGCCAGUCUGAAUCCCAAAGUGAAGAUGAAGAGGUGGAUGUCUCAGCCAUACAAACUCUCUACAAAAGCUUUAUUAUGGAAUGUCCCAGUGGCUCUUUGUAUUUGCACGAAUUCAAGAAAAUAUUUGGAAUAAAAAAUGACGACACUCCAGAAUCUUUAUACAUGGAUAAUUUGUUUCGGUCAUUCGACAUGAACGGAGACGAGACAAUGGACUUCAUUGAAUAUGUAGCUGCCCUACAUCUUGUUCUACGUGGAAAACUAGAGGAUAAACUCCGAUGGUCAUUUAAAGUGUUUGACAGUGACGAAAACGGACGUCUAGACAGACAGGAGUUAAAGCGGAUCAUAAAGAUUAUUAAUAGGAUGAAGCAGGGGAAAAUGGUCGAUGAAUCAGGCAAUCACCUCACUGUCGAACAAAUAUGUGACCGACUGUUUAAUGCCAUAGACAAAAACGGUGACGACCAUAUUUCCCUUGAGGAGUUUCUGGAGGGAGCCCAAAGUGACCCAUGGGUGCGAAAUUGCCUUAGGUUGGAUGUGAACCCCUGUGCUUGGGUGAACAAGCAUCAGGAACAGAUCACAGGAUACAAAAAGCCAUUGCCUUCGUCUAAAGAUACCAAACUACGAUGACCAAUGGAUGUGCUGUGUGUUCCAAGAUAAAGGAAAUAUGACUUUGUGAACAGACAAUACAUCAUUUUAUUCCUAAGGGAAUAACUCCUAACAUUUUACAUUUGAAGGCCAUGAGCAUGCCUUAUUAAGGACCUACCCUGUCUUCAAAACCCCACAGAA